GUAUAGCUGAAACAAUCAGCCCAAGAAAAGGUGGACUUUAGGACCAUGGGCAGACAGAUGGUCAGUACACACAGGCUGGAGCGCGUCAAAUCUCAGCAGCAGGGACGUGACAUACACAAUGAGGGAGUUUCCCCCGGUCCAAAGUCUCAGCGUCAUCCAGCCAGAUAAACACGACAGAACCAAGGCUGUUUAGUUCACUCAGCGUUCUUCUGUAGAGAUUUAUUCAGCAUGCUGGGGGUCAAUUUGCAAGCAGGUCACGUUGAGCCUGCCGUCUCCGGCAUCAUGAGCGGCAAGAGCCUCCUCCUGAAGGUCAUCCUGCUUGGUGACGGCGGUGUGGGAAAGAGCUCGCUGAUGAAUCGCUAUGUGAGCGACCGAUUCGAUUCGCAUUCGUUCCACACCAUCGGCGUGGAAUUCCUGAAUCGCGACCUGGAGGUGGACGGGCGUCCUGUCACGCUGCAGAUUUGGGACACUGCGGGUCAAGAGCGCUUCAGGAGCCUACGCACACCAUUCUACCGUGGCGCCGACUGUUGUUUACUGACAUUCGCUGUGGAUGAUGCACAGAGCUUCCACAACUUAAGUGCCUGGAAGCAGGAGUUUGUGCGCUAUUCGGAUGUGCGUGAGCCUGAGCGCUUCCCCUUCGUCGUGCUCGGAAACAAGGUGGACAAGGUUGAGGACGGAGAACGGCAGGUACCUGAGGAGGAGGCACGCGCCUGGUGCCAGGAGAACGGCCACUGCCCGUACUUCGAGACCAGUGCAAAAGACGACACCAAUGUAAGCGCAGCCUUUGAGGCCGCUGUGCGUGAAGUGCUGGCCUGCGAAGAUCACGUAGAUCACACUUUGCUCGGAAGCACCAUUGACCUGCACGGGAACCGCAAGGCAUCCCGCUCUUCCUGCUGCUGACGAUUUCACUGAGAUUAAAGGCUUCAAAUGGCGUUAACAUACUAGAUGCUUCUCAUCGCUGCCUGCUCCUGUAAAGGUCAUUGUAACGAAACAGGAGAAGAUACAGGGCAUUGUAGAGUCUUGACUGGAGGACUUUAUCUAGGUACAGAUGCUAGAGAAGUGCUCAUACAGUGUUACUGGUACAGCUUUCUUUGGCCUGCUUAUUUUCAUGCAUUUGCAAAAGAGCCAGUGGUAUGAUGGAGGGGCAUGUCCUCAGUAUGAGGUUAUACUAGACUUAACUGUGUAAGAUCUGUAACCCAAGUGUCGUGUGUGUGUGUGUGUGUGUGUGUGUGUGUGUGUGUAAGACACCACACAGGAACAUCGGAUAAAAAAUCGUUGCUGUGUUGCAUUAACCUUGUGAAUGCUCCUAAUCUCUGCCUACACUCACAAAAGGACAACGGUACGAUAAGAAUGCAGCAUAACCUUGACUGCAUAUCAUUCCUGGCUUGAUUAGUGAGAGAAAUUGCACACUUUGUGUCCAUGAUAUGCUAUAGUAUCUAACUGUUUCCUACCAGAGGCUCUUGUGCUGCACGGGGUUUUCUAACAUUUCUCUUCCUGAAGGUCACUUGUUUCUUCUUUAUCAGAAUGAUUGUGUUUUCAGUUCUGUUGUGAUGAUAUACAGGAGCCUAACCACAAAGUUCCUGAUUCUACAUUUGUUCCACAAGUUUAUUCUGUGUUAUGGUUUAUGUUUGAACACGAAUCAUUUUUAUUUAUACAGACGCUAUGGUACUUUGUUUUAAGGUUGCCUGACACUGGAGCAGUUGUGAAGCAUGUACCAGCUCUGUGUCACACUAAAAAUAAGGGCUGUCUCAUUCAAAAAAAAAAAAGCUGUGGCCCUUUCUAUAAAGUGCAGUCACAUCAGAGCCUAGUAAACUAUUAAGAUUUGCUCUUAAGUCAGCAUUAAUUUGCUUUUGUUGCAUUUAACCAUCAGGAACAUUUGUGCUCUGGAUCAGCAGUUUUCUGUCUCAUUGUUUUGCUGCCUUUUACUUUUAAAUGGCAAAAUAAUUAGUAAUAAUCUUUUUGCUAAUCUGAAUGUGAAAAAAAUGUAACCAAAGCACAUUUGUCUUGAAUUUGUGUUGCAAAAGGUACUUGGACAAAAGGUGUUUGUUUUCAGACAUAUUUGGUACGCAAUGUUUUGAUACUGUUAAGGUAUUUAACACUUAUUUAAAACCCCUAAUCCCUUUACUUAUUGACCUGUCUUUCUGAGUAAUACAGAACCCAUACAAAUUUUGACAUCUACUAUUGCUGCAUAUAUUUAAGCAACAGAUGUAGCUCAUCAUUCCUUUACUCUACUAACUAAAAACAAAUGGCCGUGUUGCAUUAACCUAAAGUAAAGCCCUUGCCUCUGCUUGCUCCUGCAUGUAAACUCCACAAAGCUUUAUUCAACUGUCCUGCUAGCGGAUCAUGUAGUGGCCUAUACGAGUCGCAAAUCUCCCUCCACUUAUCGCAGGUUCUUUCUCGGAGGUUUAAUGAGGAUGGUUCACUGUGAAACAGCAUCAGUUUCGGCACAACGUCUCCUCUCACGCUAACUACAGCUCCGUCCGUAUUUCUUUUCUGCUUUGGAAAACGUUGAACUGCCGAAAGCUGAUAGCAUUAUAAGUUAAGGUACCUGAAUAUCAUGUGUUCACUGUGAUUUGGAUCCAGUUUUAAAUGUUAUUACCUUGUUUGGAGUUCUUUUUAUUUGUUUUAAGUGUUGUGUUCUAGGGAAAGUGUCUGUUGCUGCAUAUACUGAAGAGUUUUUGAUUUAUUUACCAAUUCCUUUAAAAAUGGCUGUAAAUGAUUGAGGUUUGUUAACCAAGACUUCUGUUAUGUUGCAAUAAUCCAUGUUUACCUUUUUGUGUGAUGUUUGUGUAUUUUGGAAUACUAGUUACAGUUCUGACAAAAUAUUGCUUUGUAAAUCUGCCACAAGUCCAGCUAUUUAUUAGUACAGUGGCUUUGUUCAUGCUAAAUGUUGUAUGGGUUGUACUUAAUGUUUCUGACGUACAACAUUACUCCAUCAUCACAGUAUUUGCUUAAUGUGCUUGGAACAGAGUUCAAAUUGUAUAAUGAUGCUGAAGAACAGGUCGAGUUUCUUCAACCGUCCAGCCCAACGCCUGGCAUCAUAUCGGGCUCGGCAAUAAAGGUAGUCAGCACUGCUUUUGUUUACAAACCGGACUAAUGCAGUUGGCAGAUAUUCAGUAUCAGUGUGAAUAAACCUUUCAACUGAC